AUGGCCUUGGAAGCUGGGAGCCCAGCUACUUCUUUUACUCCACAAGUGGUUGCUAAAGCAUUUGUUAAACAAUACUACCAAACUCUUCGUUACACACGAGAGGAUGCCUAUAAGUUCUAUAAUGACUCAAGUAUUCUUGGUCGAACAGAUUCUAAUGGGAAAAUGAUGAAUGUAACCACAAUUAAUGAUAUCAAGGAGCAACUUGUGUCUACAGACUUUGCUGACUGUUUGAUAGAGAUAGAGACUGUUGAUGCACAGCCAUCCCAUGUGGAUGGUGUGCUCAUUUUGGUUGCUGGAUAUUUUACAACCGAUGCUGUGAAACAGAAGUUCACACAGUCAUUCUUUCUUGCUCCACAGGAAAACAGAGGCUAUUAUGUUUUGAAUGAUAUGUUCAGACUUACCCGGAUUUCAACUGAGGUGAAGGAAGUUGUAGCUAACCAUGAUAAUAAAAGCACACAGAUUACAACCCUGCCCAAUGGUGAAGUUGUCAGCACCUCUGCAAAUGUUGUUUCUCCAGUUAAAAAUGAUCCUGUUGUUGAGACAUGUGUGAAAGUGGUUAACAAGGAUGUGGAGAAGAUACCUGAGGCUUCAACUCCUCUUACUGCUGAGAAAGCAGUUAACAAGGAUUUGGAGAAGAUUCCUGAGGCUGCUCCAAAACCUCGCGCACCAGUUGAGAAGGCUGCUCCAGCACCUCGAGCACCAGUUGAGAAGGCUGCUCCUGCUCCUCACGCACCAGUUGAGAAGGCUGCUCCAGCACCUCCCGCACCAGUUGAGAAGGCUGCUCCAGCACCUCCCGCACCAGUUGAGAAGGGUGCUCCAGCACCUCCUGCGCCAGUUGAGAAGGCUGCUCCAGCACCUCCCGCGCCAGUUGAGAAGGGUGCUCCAGCACCUCCUGCGCCAGUUGAGAAGGCUGCUCCAGCUCCUCGCGCACCAGUUGUGAAGGCUGCUCCUGCUCCUCGCGCACUAGUUGAGAAGGCAGCUCCAGCACCUCCCGCACCAGUUGAGAAGGGUGCUCCAGCACCUCCUGCGCCAGUUGAGAAGGCUGCUCCAGCACCUCCUGCGCCAGUUGAGAAGGCUGCUCCAGCUCCUCGCGCACCAGUCGAGAAGGCAGCUGCAGCUCCUCCCACACCAGUUGUGAAGUCUGCUCCAGCUCCUCCCUCAUCAGAUGAGAAGGAAGUAACUAGGAAGACUUAUGCAUCAAUUGUUAAAACCACGAGGGAGGGCACACAGCCUGCCCCAGCUGCCAGACCCGCCAAACCCAAUCCAAGGCCAAAGGCGGCUCAAAAUGUGGAGAAAAAUGUGUCCUCACCUUCAAAACCUGCUCAUUCUACUGAUAAUGCCCUCCCAGGCGAUAAAAGUGUUCCUAAAAAUAAAUCACAUGAUGAGCCAGGGUACUCAAUUUUUGUUAAAAAUUUACCUUUCGACGCAACUGUUGAAAUGGUGGAACAAGAGUUCAGCAAGUUUGGUUCUAUUAAAUCUGGUGGUAUACAAGUCAAAUGCCAGCCUGAUCAGUUUUGCUUUGGCUUUGUUGAAUUUGAGUCUCAGCAAUCCAUGGUAGCAGCCAUCGAGGCUUCUACGGUUUAUUUCGGCACAAGAGAAUCAUAUGUUGAGGAGAAAAGAACCAAAACACGAGUUGUCGAUGGUGUUAUCACACGUGGGGAUGACAAUGGCUUCCAGUAUGGCAGAGGUGGUUACUACGGGGACAGCUACAAGCGGCAGUGGGGCGGUCAGAACAACGGCUACUACCACGAUGGAGAUAACACGAGGAACGACUAUUCAGGCUGUGUCCGAGGACCGCAAGGGAACGGCUACCCUCAGAACGGCAACGGCUACCACCAGAACAGGAAUAGCUACCAGCAGAACGGCAACGGCUACUCUGGGAAUGGCUACCAACAGCGACGCCCCAGCAACAACAACGGGAACGGGAGGGUUGAGCGCAACAAUAGCCCUACGCAACAAGGCCCUGCUGCUGCGUAG